AAAAGAAAAGUAAACAAUGUUCGUUCUCUUCUAGUUGGUAUAUAUAAGGACUUUUCCUAUUUGAAGUACAGUGUUAAAAAAGAUGCUGUUUUUUGUUUUUCUUGUCGUUUAUUUGGUGCUGGUCCCGAUGCAGAAAAAUUUCAAGAGACAUAGUCAUUCAAAGGCGUUUCAUCAUGGUUGAAGAUGACAGGUAUUUGAAACAGUUGCCAAGAAACAGGUUGAGACCGACAUUCUUUUGUUUUAUUGUAGGCUCCGAUGGAAAGAUGGUUAAGCAUUUUAAAUCUACGGCACAUAUGAGCACUGAAAAUCGUUUAUUAAACUUUUCUCAGAAAAAAACUAAUAUUGAUGUAAUAUUAAUUGCUGGUCAAAGAGAAGUUGAUCGAAAAAGAGAACAACUUUUAAAAUUAAAUAAAUAAUAGUCAGAACUAGAUCUCCUAUAAUAAAAAGUAAUUCUGUUUUAGGCAAUCUCGCUGCAACUAUCGAUCUGUUGCUUCAUCGUGAUUCAAUACUUGAUCAAUGGUUUAAAGACUCCAGUUUACGUCCACAUCAUGUGACUUAUCUUCAUCAUAAUUCACAAAACGAACUUAUCACAUUAUUAGGUAGAGCUGUUCAUCAAGCAAUAUUGAAUGACACACAUAAAGCACAAUUUAUUUCUGUGACUGUCGAUUCAACUACUGAUAUUUCUAAUAAAGAGAUAUAUACAAUUGUAAUUCGAUUUGUAAAAGACUUCAUUACUCAAGAACGAAUAAUAUCUGUUAUGGAAUUAAAUUCCAAGGUAGGUGAAGAUAUAUGUGGUUUUGUAUUUAUUUUACUUGAUCAAAGAAAUAAACCAAAUAUGCGAUAUCUUAAUCGUAUUUUAAUGAUUCUUUGUUCAAUGAUCGCUAUUCUUGUUGCAUAUGAUGCAACUAAAAUUUUUAUUUGGCAAGAAUUGUUUUUUUGA